AUGAAGCUUACUAUCUUCUUCCCUCUGGCUGCUUUCCUGUCUUUGACUAUCGCUGAUCCUCUGGAUGACGCCAGUCCUGGCCUUAUUCGGUGUAUCAAUGAAGCCACUGCAGUAUCAGGCUGUAUUUCCUCUGUUGAUUACGAGUGCACUUGCCCAAGCCCAGCGUUCAAGGAUGCGCUCGGUGUCUGUUUGGACGCUACUGGUAGCCCGGAAGACUUCGAAGUCGCCGGUGAAUUGCAUAAGGAACGUUGUGGUGGGUCGCCGCCUCAAUAA